CUAUAAAUACUCAGGCUGGCUUGGUCCCCUCAUCAGUUGAUAUUGAGCAAAGCAAGUGAACACUUCUUGAAUCGUUUCAAUCGACCUUAUAAACACCCUCAAAAAAAAAAUGUCAUUGCUGCCAGUUUUGUUCAACGAGCUGCUUGACACUUACCACAGGCCUGUUUAUGACCUUAGCGACCAGCAUUUUGGACUCGGUCUUAUGGAUGAUGACCUGAGACCAUGCGGAUUGCUACAGGCUCCACUAAGGUGCGGCUACGUCCGACCCUGGAGGAACCUUUUGGCUGGCGAUUCUGGCCUUUCUUCGAUUGUCUCAAACAAGGAUGAGUUUAAAGUCAACCUGGACGUGCAGCAGUUCAAGCCGGACGAGCUUAAGGUCAAGGUUGAGAAUGACAUGAUUGUCGUUGAUGGGAAGCACGAGGAAAGGUCGGAUGAGCAUGGUUUUAUCUCGAGGCAGUUCACAAGGAAAUACAGGAUUCCGAAGGAUGUAGACCUUAAUGCCCUUAAAUCAAAUCUUUCAUCGGACGGUGUUCUUUCCCUUCAAGCACCUAAGGUUUCCAAAGAAAAUGAUGCUCGUGAAAUUCCCAUCGUUCACACGAACGCCCCAGCUGUGAAACAGAAAAAACAGAAUAAAGAAAAACAGGAGAAUGGAGAAAAAUAAUACUUACCCCUUCAUAGAUUAAUUGUCUUUCGUUUGACUGUAUUUACCUGACUGAUAAUUUAUAUUCCUACUUGUAAUGGUGUAAUAUGUUUAAUAAAUGUACACAUUUGUAUGUUCCUAGUUUA